AUGGUCCGUAUUGAUAAUGAGAAAUUUGAAAUCUCAAACCUCCCGAUUCCUGCACACCAGCAGAACUCUUCCAGCAACCAUGGCCUUGCACCACCUCAGCCCCAGAAGUCCGCAGAGUUCCAGACUACAUGGGCUCCUGGGCGGUUGGAGAGCUAG